AUGUACACAUUUCUCUUGUGUGUUGGGACCGCCAGUCAGCCUCAGGCAACACAAGAAGAAGCAACGGAAGACGUAGGAGCGUUAACGGUAAGUGAAGAAGCAACGGAAGACGUAGGAGCGUUAAUGGUAAGUGAAGAAGCAACGGAAGACGUAGGAGCGUUAACGGUAAGUGAAGAAGCAACGGAAGACGUAGGAGCGUUAACGGUAAGUGAAGAAGCAACGGAAGACGUAGGAGCGUUAACGGUAAGUGAAGAAGCAACGGAAGACGUAGGAGCGUUAACGGUAAGUGAAGAAGCAACGGAAGACGUAGGAGCGUUAACGGUAAGUGAAGAAGCAACGGAAGACGUAGGAGCGUUAACGGUAAGUGAAGAAGCAACGGAAGACGUAGGAGCGUUAACGGUAAGUGAAGGAGCGUCAACGGUAAGUGAAGGAGCGUUAACGGUAAGUGAAGGAGCGUUAACGGAAAGUGAAAGAGCGUUAACGGAAAGUGAAGGAUCGUUAACGGUAAGUGAAGGAGCGUUAACGGAAAGUGAAAGAGCGUUAACGGAAAGUGAAGGAUCGUUAACGGUAAGUGAAGAAGCAACGGAAGACGUAGGAGCGUUAACGGUAAGUGAAGAAGCAACGGAAGACGUAGGAGCGUUAACGGUAAGUGAAGAAGCAACGGAAGACGUAGGAGCUGAAAGAGCGUUAACGGUAAGUGAAGAAGCAACGGAAGACGUAGGAGCGUUAACGGUAAGUGAAGGAGCGUCAACGGAAAGUGAAGGAGCGUUAACAGAAAGUGAAGGAUCGUUAACGGAAAGUGAAGGAGCGUUAACGGUAAGUGAAGGAGCGUUAACGGUAAGUGAAGGAGCGUUAACGGUAAGUGAAGGAGCGUUAACGGAAAGUGAAAGAGCGUUAACGGUAAGUGAAGAAGCAACGGAAGACGUAGGAGCGUUAACGGUAAGUGAAGGAGCGUCAACGGAAAGUGAAGGAGCGUUAACGGUAAGUGAAGGAGCGUUAACGGUAAGUGAAGGAGCGUUAACGGUAAGUGAAGGAGCGUUAACGGAAAGUGAAGGAGCGUUAACGGAAAGUGAAGGAGCGUUAACGGAAAGUGAAGGAGCGUUAACGGUAAGUGAAGGAGCUUUAACGGUAAGUGAAGGAGCGUUAACGGUAAGUGAAGGAGCGUUAACGGUAAGUGAAGGAGCGUUAACGGUAAGUGAAGGAGCGUUAACGGUAAGUGAAGGAGCGUUAACGGUAAGUGAAGGAGCGUUAACGGAAAGUGAAGGAGCGUCAACGGAAAGUGAAGGAGCGUUAACGGAAAGUGAAGGAUCGUUAACGGUAAGUGAAGGAGCGUUAACGGUAAGUGAAGGAGCGUUAACGGUAAGUGAUGGAGCGUUAACGGAAAGUGAAAGAGCGUUAACGGUAAGUGAAGGAGCGUUAACGGUAAGUGAAGGAGCGUUAACGGAAAGUGAAGGAGCGUUAACGGUAAGUGAAGGAGCGUUAACGGUAAGUGAAGGAGCGUUAACGGUAAGUGAAAGAGCGUUAACGGAAAGUGAAGGAUCGUUAACGGUAAGUGAAGGAGCGUUAACGGUAAGUGAAGGAGCGUUAACGGUAAGUGAUGGAGCGUUAACGGAAAGUGAAAGAGCGUUAACGGAAAGUGAAGGAUCGUUAACGGUAAGUGAAGGAGCGUUAACGGAAAGUGAAAGAGCGUUAACGGAAAGUGAAAGAGCGUUAACGGUAAGUGAAGAAGCAACGGAAGACGUAGGAGCGUUAACGGUAAGUGAAGGAGCGCUAACGGUAAGUGAAGGAGCGUUAACGGAAAGUGAAAGAGCGUUAACGGUAAGUGAAGGAGCGUUAACGGAAAGUGAAGGAUCGUUAACGGUAAGUGAAGGAGCGUUAACGGUAAGUGAAGGAGCGUUAACGGUAAGUGAUGGAGCGUUAACGGAAAGUGAAAGAGCGUUAACGGAAAGUGAAGGAUCGUUAACGGUAAGUGAAGGAGCGUUAACGGAAAGUGAAAGAGCGUUAACGGAAAGUGAAAGAGCGUUAACGGUAAGUGAAGAAGCAACGGAAGACGUAGGAGCGUUAACGGUAAGUGAAGGAGCGCUAACGGUAAGUGAAGGAGCGUUAACGGAAAGUGAAAGAGCGUUAACGGUAAGUGAAGGAGCGUUAACGGAAAGUGAAAGAGCGUUAACGGUAAGUGAAAGAGCGUUAACGGUAAGUGAAGGAGCGUUAACGGUAAGUGAAGGAGCGUUAACGGAAAGUGAAAGAGCGUUAACGGUAAGUGAAAGAGCGUUAACGGUAAGUGAAGGAGCGUUAACGGUAAGUGAAAGAGCGUUAACGGACAGUGAAGGAGCGUUAACGGUAAGUGAAGGAGCGUUAACGGUAAGUGAAAGAGCGUUAACGGAAAGUGAAAGAGCGUUAACGGUAAGUGAAGAAGCAACGGAAGACGUAGGAGCGUUAACGGUAAGUGAAGGAGCGCUAACGGUAAGUGAAGGAGCGUUAACGGAAAGUGAAAGAGCGUUAACGGUAAGUGAAGAAGCAACGGAAGACGUAGGAGCGUUAACGGUAAGUGAAGGAGCGUCAACGGAAAGUGAAGGAGCGUUAACGGUAAGUGAAGGAGCGUCAACGGAAAGUGAAGGAGCGUUAACGGAAAGUAAAGGAGCGUUAACGGUAAGUGAAGGAGCGUUAACGGUAAGUGAAGGAGCGUUAACGGUAAGUGAAGGAGCGUUAACGGUAAGUGAAGGAGCGUUAACGGUAAGUAAAGGAGCGUUAACGGAAAGUGAAAGAGCGUCAACGGUAAGUGAAGGAGCGUUAACGGAAAGUGAAAGAGCGUCAACGGUAAGUGAAGGAGCGUUAACGGAAAAUGAAAGAGCGUCAACGGUAAGUGAAGGAGCGUUAACGGAAAGUGAAAGAGCGUCAACGGAAAGUGAAAGAGCGUCAACGGUAAGUGGAGGAGCGUUAACGGAAAGUGAAAGAGCGUCAACGGUAAGUGAAGGAGCGUUAACGGUAAGUGAAGGAGCGUUAACGGUAAGUGAAGGAGCGUUAACGGAAAGUGAAAGAGCGUCAACGGUAAGUGAAAGAGCGUCAACGGUAAGUGGAGGAGCGUUAACGGAAAGUGAAAGAGCGUCAACGGUAAGUGAAGGAGCGUUAACGGAAAAUGAAAGAGCGUCAACGGUAAGUGAAGGAGCGUUAACGGAAAGUGAAAGAGCGUUAACGGAUGAGCGUGUAGCCAGCUGUUUUGCAGAACCUUCAUGGGAUCAGUUGACCUCGUCUCCCGUGUAUCAAGCUGUUGAUCGAACUGUUACGGGCCCGUCAAAUAAUGCUCGAGACUAG